AUGAUCAAGUUCCUGAUCGUCGUCAACAAGCAGGGGCAGACGCGCCUGGCGCGGUAUUACGAGGAGCGGAGGGACCUGACGGUGGAGGAGAGGUCAGCACAGGAAGCCGACAUAGUCAGGCGAUGCCUCAUGCGCGGGGAGCAGCAGUGCUCGUUCCUGGAGUACAAGGGAUACAACAUCGCGUACAGACGCUAUGCGUCAUUGUUCUUCAUCGUCGGCGCAGAUGAGGAUGAAAACGAGCUGGCAAUCCUGGAGCUGAUUCACGCACUUGUGGAAACGCUGGAUAGGUUUUUUGAGAACGUCUGUGAGCUGGACAUCAUGUCUCAGCUGGACAAGGCUCACUUCAUAGUGGAUGAGAUGAUCCUCAACGGAUGUGUCGUCGAGACCAACAAGAACAUAAUCUUGGAGCCUAUCAACGUUCUCGACAAGUCGUAG